AUGCCAUUAAAGAAAUCAAAAUUAAAAUUUAUAUCUUUCCUCUUCAAUGCUAAACUUUCUCUUGGUGUCCCCUUCUUUCACUUAAUUUCCGUUUUCUUUUUUUUUUUCUUUUUUCUUUCUUUUUCCUUUCUUUCUUUUUUCUUUCAUUCAUUUUUCUUUCUUUUCUUUCUUUCGUUCUUUCUUUCUUUUCUUUCUUUUUCUUUCUUUCUUUCUUUAAUGCGUUUUCCUUCUCUUUUUAUUCUAUUAUUCUGUUUUGAUUUUCAUCGUUUUCGUUUCAUUUCUUUUCUUCUUUCUUUCCAGAGAUAUAAAAAAAGACGAACGACUUUGGUUUAUUUGACACUUUUCACUUUUUCUUUUCUUUCUUUCCUUCUUUCUAUCAUCUAUUUUUUCAUUCGUUUGUUCAGUUUUUCUCUUCAUUCAUUCAUUGAUUUCCUUUUCAUUCUUUUUUGCCUUAUUCUUUUCUUUCUUUUCAUUCAUCCAUUACUCUUUCAUUGUAUUUCCUUUUUUCUUUUCGGGAUGUCUUUCUUUUUCGUUUCUAUUCCUUCAACUUUAUUUUUAUUUCUUCCUUUCUUUCUUUUAACUUCAUCUUAUUUUGCACUUAUUUUCUCAAAAUGUUUUUCUUUUUCUUUUCAUUUCCAUAUUCUGGAUUCCUUUCGUGUUUCUCUUAAUUUAGCAUUCUCUUCAACUUCCUUUCUUUCUUGCUCUUCCUUUUUACUCUUUAAAUCUUCCUUUCUUUUCUUAAAAUAUUUCAUUCUUUCUCUAGACUUCUUCAUGUGCUUUACUGUUUUUCUUUCAAUCCCUUAA